AUGGCUGAUACAAUUCAUAUUCUUGGGCUAGGUGGUGUGGGUGUCCUCGUCGCACACUCCCUGGCUGGAGUCACCAACCGGCCGCGCCUGAAUUUGAUGCUGCAUAGACCAAAAGAAUAUCAUCCUCCAUCACUCGCCAUCACCAGAAACGGAGUUACAGAGUACCAGACUGACUUCGACUUUGAAUCUUACCAAGAUGGCUGUUGGUAUCGAGAGCUUCCCGGAAGUUCCGUUGAGCCCAUGGAACACUCACAGUCUCAAAGCGUCUUGUGUAACGAAGCACCUAUUCAUGUUCUCAUCGUCGCGGUUAAGGCUCAUCAUACAAUCCAUUCAAUUCAACUUGUCAAGCAUCGUCUUUCUAGGCAUUCCACCAUUUUGUUUUUGCAGAAUGGAAUAGGCUCCCUAGAUGAGCUUGACACUGAGCUAUUCCCAAACGCAUCUGUACGGCCCUAUUACAUGUCUGCUGUUGUCACUCAUUGCAUUCGUCGGAACGAAUUCUUUUCAGCAACUCAUACGGCCAUGGGCAGCAUUAGCUUGGGUAGCUCUCCUAGAACUACCGAAGCUUUCAAAGCUUCCAUGUCUCUUAAGGCUCCUCCUGGGGCUGACGGAUUGGUCAGCCUCUUUAAGCGGGCCUACUACCUGAAUGCCGCAGUAAGGAGUCCACAAGAAUUGCUUCAGCAACAGUUGAACAAGCUUGUAACCAAUUCUGUUCAUAACCCUCUGACGUCUCUUUUGGACUGCUCCAUCGAAGGCCUCAUAACAUCAACCAAUCCCCUAGUCCAGGCUACCUCUGACGCUCUUGUUUGCGAGUUUUCAGAUAUCAUCAAAGCCUUACCUCUCUCGGGGCUCAUCAGCAAAGAAGAUCUGGAGACCGAAUUUUCCGCUGCUAAAUUGAAAACGACAAUAAAUCAGAUAGGUCAGCGGGCCGGGGCACAUACGACUUCAAUGCUGCAAGAUCUAAGGAAUGGCGAGCAAACAGAGAUCAUGUAUCUCAAUGGGUGCUUUAUGCGGUGGGCGGUAGACUUAGGCAUUGACUGUCCGGUCAACAAAAUAAUAAUACGGAAGGUGUUGGAGAAAGAAAGUAAGGCUGAUAAAAUAAUGUUACAUCAAAAUGCUGGUCCCCCCGACGUUCUUGAUGAUCUCAUGAAGGGCAACCUGCUUAGCACCACUGGUGUGGAAACUACCCAAGUUUAG